AUGAUUACACUAACCCAGAUAACUACACUAACUCAGAUGACCAUACUAACCCAGAUGAUCCCACUAACUCAUAUGAUCCUGCUAACCCAGAUGACCUCACUAACCUGAAUGACCCUGCUAAUCCAGAUGCCACUGCUAAUUUGGAUGCUACUGCUAACCUGGAUGUCACUGCUAACCCGAAUGCCACUGCUAACCUGGAUGCUACUGCUAACCCAAAUACUACUGCUAACCCAGAUGCUACUGCUAACCCGGAUGCCACUACUAACCUGGCUGAUGCCUCUGCUAACCAGGAUAACUUCGCUAACCAGGAUGCCUCUGCUAACCAGGAUGCCCCCGAUAAUGAUAAUCUGGAUAACCCCAAUAAUGACAAUCUGGAUAAUCCUGAUAGUGAUAAUCCGGAUAACCCCGAUAGUCAUAAUCCAGAGGAUAUCUCUGAUGAUGACUAUGAAGCUAUCACUAGACCCACAUGUCAAUUGGCUGUCUUUAAUAAAUUUAAUAAUAUUAAAGGUAUGCCAAAAAAGGUUGUUGAUGAAAAAAGUAAAUCAAAAGAGGUUGUUGAUAAAAAAGAUAAAUCAAAAGAGGUUGUUGAUGAAAAAAGUAAAUCAAAAGAGGUUAUUAAUGAAAAAGAUAAUUCAAAAGAUGUUGUUAAUGAAAAAGAUAAUUCAAAGAAAGUAG